GGGGAACGCUCGCGGUAGUUUCAAAAGCGGAUGUGUGCGAGCUUGUUUACUCUGCUCUACUUCAGCGCUUCUUAAACUACAUUCAUUCAUAACGUUUUGUUAAAGUUGAAAAUAGAAAGUAAAGAUCAAUGAAAUGGAGGAAGGUGCAUCGGAACCAUUGCUUUCCAGAAAAGAGCUGCGUAAACAGAAACUGAUGGAGUACUUGGCAGCCAAAGGAAAGCUGAAACCUCCAAAUCCCACACCAUCGCUCCAUGCUGACUGCCAGAAUCAGAAGGCUACUAAAACGUCUCUGAAGGCUGUGACAGGGAAAGAAAACAAAGCUCCACCCGACAGAUUCAGAUGGCAGGCUUCAAAGAGUCGGACGGUGGUGCCUCAGUUCAGCCAGGAUCCUCCCAGAAGAAGAGCGUUUGGUGUCUCUGACAAAGUAAAUGUAAGAGACGGAAAGCAAAAUGCUAAAUGGUCAUCAUCAAGCAGAGUGUCGGCACAGACAAAAGUUAAUCAAAAACCCCCGGUCAGAAGAACAUACACUGCAUUGUCUUCCAGGUCCAACUCGGCUCUAGUUAGCACCUUAAAAAAGCCGCCUAACACAGGAAGUCAAACUCUAAGCAAGGUGCAGUCCAAUGGACGUUGUACAGACGGAGCCAAGUCAGAUCCCAAAUCAAGUUCAAAUAGAGCUACAUUAUGCCCAUUGGAAACGGGAAGUUCUCGGUUAAGUACUGGCCCACUUGUUAAAACCAAAACAGGGCUUGUGCCUGCAGUGAUCCAACCAAGGAAUGGGAACUCUAUUAAGUCACAUUUACCUGCUGCAAAACGUCAAACACUCACCACCACCUCUAUUGCUAAGAAAGGGCAAUCCAGCCGAGUGUCAUCGGCCUCCGGUUCUCACAGGCCUGCUUUGGUGCUUCCAUCAGAUUCAAGAGCUGGGAGCAAAACGGAAGCUCAGAUCAAGUCUAGACCUAACCCCCUUCCUGAAAAACGAACUCAGCCAACUGGUAGGAGCCAGGUAUCAGGUGGUCUGCGGUUAACCGUGCCUUCCAGAUCCAAAGCUGGAACUGUAAAGCCAGAGCAGAGAGUAUUAACCAGCAGGACCGCUGCAGGACAGCCUGCCAGCAGGUCUGUGAAGAUGAGAUCUGAAGCUGAAGGAAGGAAAAACGCUCAGUCUCUAAAAGCUGGUGCUCCAACAGCCUCACAGACGUCAAUCAAAUGCACUUCAAGAACGGUCGAGACAAAUAAGCGGACUGUCGCGUGUAAAGGUGUGGGAGCAACAAAGACCGGUAAAGAGACCCAAAUCAACAAAGAGAAACCCACUAGGAAUGUUCCUUCAGUUCAUGCGGCUAGAAAAUGUCCAGUCGCUCCAGCGGUUUCACAGACGGCACCACAGCCUUCCAGGUCCAUCAGCAUCAUAGGUGGGGCCACGGCCAUGAAGACACCAAAACCGACGGCCAAAGUUGUUCCCCAGACGGAGGGGAAGAAAAUGACCACAGCCCAGGAGGAGAGAAUGAGAAAACUCCAAGAAUGGCGAGACUCAAAGGGGAUUUCCUACAAACGUCCUCCGAUGCAAGUGGAAGCUGCAGCCCCACGUAGCGCGCCUGUUCCUCAGCCUUUCUGGGCUUCCAUGCAGGUGGAAGAUGAAGCCCAUUCCCUCAUCUUCGCAGUGGACAGGUCCCUUGCCGACUGCAUUAAGUUGCUCGCCCAGGGCUGCCCUGCAGACAAGGUGAAGAAUAUCCUCUCAUCACUGCCAGCGAUUUCUCGGAAGUUUGCCAAAUACUGGAUUUGUCAAGCUCGCCUGAUGGAGCAAGAGGGAAACUUGGACGUAUUGCCAAUGUUUGAGGAGGCCGUCCGAGUUACACUGGAGCCAGUGGACGAGCUGCGAUCUGUGGUGUUUGACAUUCUGAAGAAGAAGAAAGAUGCAAUCCGAGCAAAUGAAACACAGAAAGAUGACCUUCCACCAACGGAAACGUCUCCAGACAAGGGCGACAACCCACUGAUGACACCUAAACCCGUCAAAGUUCUUAUUAAUGGAGAGAGGGGGAACUCAUCCGUAGUCAAGUACAAGAUCACUGCCACUCCCGGCGGUCCACCAAGUCAGCCGAGCAAACCAGUCAGGGUGAACGGGCGGGAGGUCCGCUUCUUCACCCCGGUUCGGCGGUCGGUGCGAAUCGAGAGAGCCUCGCUCCGAUACCCGCUGUCCCUGCAGGACCACGACGUCUGCGUCAACUCCUACAGCGAGCUGAUGCCAGAGGAGGGCAGAGAAAAGCAGGAAAAUGAGUCAAGUGGGCCCGCCAGCUGCUCUGGCAACGACACCAUGUACAUUUACAGGGAGAACGAAGCACUUGGAGACAAAGUCUCCAUCAAACUGCUCCUUGAUGACACUUUUUAAACUCAACUGCUCAAUUUUGUCACAUUUUAUCAUUUAAAGGUUGCCUACAAAUUGUACUCUCUGCUUGUAAGGACAGAACUUUGCAUUUAAAAAACAUGUUUCAUUUAAAUAAAGAUUUAUCCCUGUUUUUAUUAA